AUGGUCGACGACCCUUCCUACCAAGCUGAUUGGGCGUCGAAGCGCUUCGUCUGGGUGCCGCACGAAACCGAGGGAUUUCUGCUCGCUCAAGUCAAAGAGGAACUGGCCAAUGGACUUCUUCGUCUGAUCAUCGCGGAGACUGGUGAAGAGAAGACGGCGUUCAACGACGAUGUCCAGCGAACAAAUCCUCCGAAGUUCGAGAAGACUGAGGAUAUGGCCAAUUUGACAAUGCUCAACGAGGCUGGGAUUCUACACAACCUCAAGUCGCGCUACUUUUCGGAUUUGAUCUACACCUACUCGGGGAUGUUCUGCGUUGUCGUGAAUCCAUACAAGAAGAUGCCAAUUUACAUGGAGGAAAUCGCUGAUGGAUUUCGUGGAAAGAAUCGUACUGAUGUGCCUCCGCAUAUUUUUGCGGUCACCGAUGCUGCUUACCGGAACAUGCUACAAAAUCGUGAAGAUCAAAGCAUCCUUUGCACCGGAGAAUCUGGAGCCGGCAAGACGGAGAACACGAAGAAAGUGAUUCAAUAUUUGACGUUGGUGGCUGGUCAAAUCCGACAAGAGCGUGGCCUAAGGGGAAGCGUCACCUCGUUGAACACCAGCAAUGCGAAUCGCUAUAUGGGGAACCUCGAGGAGCAACUGCUACAUGCUAACCCGAUUCUUGAGGCUUUUGGCAACAGCAAGACGAUCAAAAACGACAACAGUUCUCGCUUUGGAAAGUUCAUCAAGAUUCAUUUUGAUGCCCGCGGACUAAUUGCCGGAGCAAGCAUCGAAUUCUAUCUUCUGGAAAAAUCUCGCGUCAUCCAUCAAGCUCCGAAAGAACGAGCAUUCCACAUCUUCUACCAACUUCUCAAGGGAGCCGACUCCAAGUUAGCUGAUGAGUUGCUUCUGGAGGCUACACCCAAUGCGUAUCGCUUCCUUUCAAAUGGUGACACUUCAAUUCCAAAUGUGAACGAUCGAGAAGAAUUCCGCAAUUUGGUGGCUGCUCUCAAUGUGAUGGGCCUCAGUGACGAAGAAGUUGGUGGCCGCGAAUCUUUCGUCCGCUCGCAAACUGCAGAACAAGCCGAAUUCACCGCUGAAGCCAUUGCAAAAGCAUGUUAUGAGCGUCUGUUCCGAUGGCUAGUUCAACGAAUCAAUCGCUCAUUGGACCGUACUCGUCAGAAUACAACAUCUUUCAUUGGAAUACUUGACAUUGCUGGCUUCGAAAUCUUUGAGAAGAAUGGCUUUGAACAGCUCUGCAUCAACUACUGCAACGAGAAGCUUCAGCAGCUCUUCAACCACCAUAUGUUCAUCCAAGAGCAAGAGGAGUACAAGCGCGAAGGAGUGAAGUGGAAUUUUGUCGACUUCGGACACGAUCUGCAGCCCACAAUUGAUUUGAUUGACAAGAAUAUGGGGGUAAUGGCUUUGCUCGAUGAUACCUGUCUGUUCCCAAAGGCGGAUGACAAGAAUUUUGUCGAAAAGUUGAUCGGACAACACAAAGACCACGCAAAGUUUAUUCCACCAGAGGCUCGAUCAAAAGGCGCCUUUGCUCUGAUGCAUUACGCUGGUCGUGUCGAUUAUUCGGCUGAUGGAUGGCGAAUGAAGAACAUGGAUCCGUUGAACGACAAUGUCGUAGACCUUUUGCAGCACAGUUCGGAUCAAAUCGUCGCCGAAAUGUGGAAACAUGCUGAGUUUGCGUCGAUCGCCUCUACUGAAAGCUGCGAGUCAAUAUUCGGAGCACGUGCCAAGAAAGGGAUGUUUCGCACGCAAUGCCAACUUUACAAGGAGCAACUUUCUCGACUGAUGAGCACUCUGGAGAAUACCAAUCCGCACUUUGUGCGCUGCAUCAUCCCCAACUAUGAAAAGAAGCCAGGAAAGAUCACUGCCCCUCUUGUGUUGGAACAACUGCGUUGUAAUGGAGUCGUUGAGGGAAUUCGAAUCGCUCGCCAGGGAUAUCCAAAUCGAUUACUUUUCCAAGAAUUCCGCCAGCGCUAUGAACGAAUUUUGUGCCCCGAUGUCAUUCCAAAGGGCUUCAUGGAUGGAAAAGAGGCGUGCAGGUUAAUGCUUGAACAUCUUGCCGUCGAUACGGCCAUCAUUGGCAAAACAAAAGUCUUUUUUAAAGCGGGACAAUUGGCGAUCCUUGAACAAAUGCGCGAUGAAAAGAUCACAAACCUGAUCGUCGCUUUUCAGGCACAUUGCCGCGGCAACUUGGCUAGACGGGAGUUUAAGCGUCGCACGGAACAAGCAAAUGCGAUUCGAAUCAUUCAGAGGAACGGACUUGCAUGGAUGAAACUUCGAGGAUGGCACUGGUGGCGCUUGUUCAUGAAAAUGAAGCCUCUUCUGGAAAUCACAAAGACGGACGAGGUUAUUGCCGAGAAAGAUGACGCCAUCAAAAACAUGUCCGAGAAGUUGCGUCGCAGUGAGGUCUACAUUGAUGAUUGUGGAAAGCGAAUUGAAGUUUUGAACGAAGAUCGUGCCCGCUUGCAACAACGCUUGGAACUUGAAACAGCAGAACGAACGGAUGCCGAUGAAGAACGUCAACGACUCAAUGCAAAGAAAACAGAACUUGAAGAGGAACUAAUGCACAUCUCUGAGCAAAUGAAGCAGGAAAUGGCCAAGGCAUCCAGAUUCGAGUCCGAAAAGAAGAAGCUGCAGACUGACAUCAGAGACUUGGAGGUGCAACUGUCGGCUGAAGAGAACACUCGUCACAAACUCAUCCAGGAACGCACGUCGUUUGAGAAGAAGCUUAGGGACUUGGAGCUGACGCAAGCUGAGAUGCAGGAAUCAAAUGCAAGGUUGACAAAGGAAAAGCGCUCGUUGGAAGCACGUGUGCAACAACUUCAAGAAAAGCUAAUCGACGAAGAAGAGCGCCACAAGAACAUCCAGAAAGUGAACGGCAAAACCGAAACGGAUUUGGCUGCACUGCAAGAAAAUGCUAGGCGUGAAACGGGUACUCUUCUGAAGAAAAUCAGCGCCUUAGAGAUGGAACUGGCUGACGCAAAGGAGUUAAUUGAAGAGGAAAAGCGCAACCGCAAUCUCAUCGCUUCAAAGUUGCGCACCAAAGAUGAGGAGUACCGUGCAAUGGAGGAGCAACACGAUGAUUUGCAGCGAGAUCGUGAUCGGUUAAACAAAGAAAAUUUCGCCCUGAAGCAAAAAGAAGCCGAAUUGCAAAAGAAAAUCGAUCUGGACGCCGAGGAGAAAAAGAAGAGCUGGCUCGAGAAAAAGCAGAACGAUCCAAAAAAGAAACUCAUCCAAGAGAACGAAGACUUGAUGAAUGAGGUGGGAUUGAGCAAUGCUGCUCUUUCGGAGGCCCAGCGCCAACAACGCAAGCACGAUCAGCUUCUUGCGGAGGAGAAGGCAUUGCGAGACGAUGUGAAUCGCGAUAAAGAAAUGACCAUGCAACAAUUGCGUGAUCUCGAGACAAAGAACCUGCAACUUGUGCAAGAUCUCAACCGACUCAAGGAGAAGAACGAUGAGCUGGAGAAGGCGAAGAAAGUCCUUCAACUGGAGGUUGAUAGUUUGACUAGCAACGAAGAUGCCAGUGGAAAAACUGUCUUUGAUCUGGAAAAAGCAAAGCGAUUUUUGGAGGAGGAAAAUAUUCGUCUUGGCGAACAAAUCAUCGAGCUCGAGGAUGAAUGCCAGAUACUCGAUGAUAAAAACUCUCGUUACGAGGUGCAGAUGAACGCCAUGCGAGCGGAACUCGCUCGUGAUCGUGAACAACGGGAACAAGAGGAGGACGACAACCGGCGACAGGCCACUAAACAAAUCCGAGAGCUUGAAGAACAACUUGAAGAAGAAAGACGCCAGAAGAGCGUCGCUCUCGCUGCUAAACGUAAGGCUGAGAACAAUGCCCAGUUCUCUAAUGAAAGUGUCGAGUCCUUGACCCGCCAGAUUGAAGAACUGAAUAGACAAGUUCGUCAAGCUCGUCGUGCAGAAACUCGGCUGGCUGAGAUCAACACCAUGCUUGAAGCCGAGAAGCAAAACAGUGAACGCUGCAAGGAGAUGGCUGAUCGUUCUGCGCAGCGCCAACGUCAACUGAAGAGGCAAAUUGAGGAGCUCGAGGAAGAUGUGGAUCGGGAGAAAAUGAAAAACCGUCAGCUCAAUCACGAGAUCAACGACCUGCAGGAGGGCAACGAUCGUCUUACCACGGAAAACAGUCGCUUGACGGCACGUAUGAAUGCAAUCGAUCGCACAAGUGUUCGUCCUUCGAUGGCUCGUGGAACUACGCGCUACGGAAGCAACAGCUCUCUUCGUGAUUCGUUCACUCGUGAGGGGCCGGAAGCAUUCGACGAUGCGCGUUCAUCUUCUGGAAUCACCGGAAGUCACGGUGCCCGUCUCUCGGAUGCUGGAAGUGAUUCUCGUCUC